GUGGCUGAGGGAGCGCGCGCGCCGUUUCCACUGGGAGGCGGAGUUCCGUUUGCCUCUCAGUGCCGCGUUAGGGGCGCCUUCUGCUCUAGCGUUGCCAUUCCAGCGCUGCUUCACUGGGACUAAGACCCCGCCGUCCCGGGAAUUCAGGAGGAGCGGCUUCUUCUUCUGUUGAAAUAGACUACCUCAGUGCCUGCUGUCAUGGCUCCAAAAAGGAAAUUGUCCAAAUCUGAUGUGGAAGGAGAAAAUCUGAUGGAAAAGUUACCAAAAACAAAGAAAUCUUGCACGCUUGGUAAGAACAGAUCCAUUUCCAAAGACGGAGUUGUAGAGAACAACAAUGUUUUUGGGCAGCUCCUUAAAAUAGGAGGAAUUAUAUUGAAAGCUGGAGAACGACAGAAUGAAAUAGCUGUGGAUGGAGCAAUUUUCCAGAAGAAGUUGCAUCAAGCAUUGAAGAAGCACCCUUCUCAACCACAGAUUGGUGAGGAGUUCAUCAGUGGCCUGGAAUCCCACAUAGAAAACAGAGAUCACUUCAGGAAUUGUCUUCUACCAUGCAUACCCACACAAAGUCAGGAAACAAGUAAUGCAAUCCAUUCAUAUUGUGAAAGCCUCAUUAAACUUCUCCUUGGCAUUGAGAUAUUACAGCCUGCUGUUAUAAGACUGCUAUUUGAAAAACUCCCCGAAUUCUUUCAUGAAAGUGUGGGCAGUGAUGGACUCAAUUUGCCUCGGCUCAUUGUCAAUCAGUUAAAAUGGCUUGACAGGACAGUUGACAGCAAGGAUCUUGUUCAGAAACUCAUGCAGAUGAUUUGUGUUUCUCCUCCACCAAUCCAACACGACAUAAUCACAAGCCUGCCAGAAAUCCUGGAGGAUUCUCAGCAUAGUGAAAUUGCCAGAGAGCUUAGUUCGUUAUUAAAGGAGAAGACUGAGCUAUCUGUUCCAAUCCUUGAUGCCCUUUCCAGUUUGAAUCUAGAUCUGGGACUUCUGUCUGAGGUGCGCCAAUCUGUUAUGAUCACAGUCGGUGCCGUAAAAGUGGAAGAUUUGCCUGUAGUAGUUAAAUUUAUUCUCCGUUCCAUCAAGACCACAGAUGCAACAGAGGUAAUUUCUGACCUUCGUAAGAAGUUGGACCUGGACUCGUGUGUUUCACUUCCACUGAUUCAUGUUUCUCAGACCAAGUUCAGGAGCCAGACUCAGACAAGUUUGUCUGCAAGCCAACUGUGUGUCAACCAGGACUGCGUCAAGCUCCUUUUUGAAGUUAUAAACUCCGCUGUUAAAUUCCAGAAGACAAUUUCAGAAGGCUGGAUUAAGGCCAUUGAAAGUGUUGCUUCUGCCUCUGACCAUAAGGUUCUGGAUCUGAUAAUGCUGUUAGUAAUCUAUGCUUCAAAUGGCAAGAACAAGAAGCAGAUUGAGAGAGUGCUGAAGAACAAGAUUCAAUCAGGCUGCGUAAGAGAGCAGUUGCUGCGCAAUGCCUUCCGUUACUACUUAAUGGUUAUGAGAGACCUCUUUCCAGCUGUCCUGUCACUGGCUGAGAUCUUUGUACACUCAGCAGAUCCCUGCAUUGUCUAUUUUGGCUGUUGUAUGUACAAGCAAGCAUUCACAGUCUUUGACUCUUAUUGCCAGCAGGAGAUUGUGGGUGCCUUGGUAACUCAUGCAUGUGGUGGCAAUAAUAUUGCAGUUGAUGUCUCUCUGGAUAUGCUCAUUGACCUGGUGUCUCUUCACACUUCAUCAAUAGUUCCUUAUGCAGUCUUUCUGAAGAGCAUUUUAGAUUAUAUGGAUAAUCUAAGUCCACAACAAAUCCGGAAGCUAUUCCAGAUUCUUAGCAGGCUGGCAUUCAGCCAGGGGCACAAAAGCAAUCACAUUCAGGAUGACAUGCAUAUGGUGAUCAGGAAGCAGCUCUCCAGCACUAUUCCAAAGUAUAAGCGCAUUGGUAUUAUUGGUGCAGUUACCAUGGUGGGAAGCAUGGCAGCAAAGAGGAGUAAAGAAAAUGGACAGCUAUUGGAACGGGCACAGCUGAGCAAGGAGCAAUGUAGACAGAUUAUCUCUUUACUAGAGCUGGUUUGCUCCUGCUGUGGACAGGUCCCCCAGGCCUUGGCUCUCUAUUACGACGAACUUGCCAACUUGAUUCAGAAAGGGAAUUUGGAUUCUCAGAUCCUGGAGUGGAUUGAGAAUAGCGUGGAGAAGGACUUUGAGAGAGAUUUUGUGACAGAUCUUCUCCCUAUAGAGGACAGUGCUUUCCUGCUCCCAGUGAAGUCCCUGUAUAGCUUGGAAGAUGACAAAAGUGAGGGAAUAAUUGCUAUUAACCUGUUACCUCUGCUGUCCCAGAGCUAUUUGAGCAAGAAUGUAGAUGAAGUAGCUGCUAAGAACCAUGACAAAAGGGUAGUGUCUCCUCUGUGUUUGUCACCAUUCUUCCGGCUGCUGAGACUCUGCAUGGCAGAACUGAAUAAAGGGAGCUUGGAUGACGUUGAUGCCCUAUUAGGGUGUCCUUUGUAUCUGACCAACUUGGAUGUGGUAGGAAAGUUAGAUUCCUUAUCAAAGCAAGAGCGUGAAUUCCUCUGUUCCCUCCUAUUUCAUGCCCUCAACUGGUUCCGUGAGGUGGUAAAUGCCUUCUGUCAACAAGAUGACCCUGAGAUAAAGGGGAAAGUUUUGACUCGGUUACAGAACAUUACGGAGCUACAGUGUCUACUGGAAAAAUGCUUGGCAGCAAGCCCUGGAUAUGUUCCCCCUCUUGCAAAUUUUGAUUCUGAAACCUCAGAAGGAGUACCUGUCAUCAACACCAUUGGUGCCACCAAAAAGAAGAGCAAAGGGCAAAAAAACCCCAAAUCUGAUAAUGGCAAAAACGGUUCUGCAGACAACUCACAGCUGGAUGAGAACACAGAAACAAAUCAGCCUGAAGCUGAGAUCAGCCAGCCAGAGAAGGACUCCACAGAAAAAGAACCAGAGACUCCUUUGGUACCAUUGCAGAGUUAUAGUGCGUAUUUCCGUGAACUAGACUUAGAGGUUUUUAGCAUUAUUCACAGUGGACUGCUGACCAAAUCUGCUCUGGAUACGGAGAUGCACACAAAGACCCAUGAAGUGGUGCAGAUUGGGCCAACACAGCUUCUGUUCCUUUUGGACGAUCUGAGUCGUAAGUUGGAACACAUGUUGAUUCCAGCUGCUGCAAAGAGAGCCCCUUUUUUAAAGGGAAAAGGAAGUAGAAAUGUUGGAUUCUCACAUCUUUGUCAAAGAUCAUCUCAAGAAGUGAUUGAAUAUGCUGUUGAACUUUUGAAGCCACUGUGUAACCACAUGGAAAAUAUGCACAACUACUUUCAGGCACUGAUUGCAGAGAACCAUGGUGUGAUCGAUGGGCCAAGGGUCAACAUUCAAGAACACCACCUCAUGUCGUCCUGUUAUCAGCGAUUAUUGCAAGUCUUUCACCUUCUGUUUGCUUGGAGUGGAUUUUCUCAACACGAAAACCAUAGCUUGCUGAAAUCUGGUCUCCGUGUCCUAGCACAUAGACUCAAGCCAGGGGAGAGGGAUCUCCCUCUUGAGGAGUUGCUCAGUCAGAGUUUUCAAUACUUACUGAACUUCCAGCACAGUAUUCCCAACAUUUAUUGUGCACUGAGCCUCACUCAGCUUCUGCUUGUCAUUACUGAAAAAUCUGGGACUAGCCAGAAAAGCAAUGAAAUAGCUUCCGUCACUAAACAUUUUCUCUGCCAAUCAUGGCUGCAGCCCAGUGGAAUUCGUCAGAAAGGCACCCAGUUUAAUGAUGCUCUCCACACCGUGUUCUGUAUCUAUAUGGAGCACACAGAUAAUAUAUUGAAGGCGAUAGAAGACAUUUGCAGUGUUGGGAUUCCGCAGCUGAUUCAGUCUUCUAAAGAUGAAUACUCUUCCACUUACCCUACAUUGACCAGGCAAACUUUUCCAGUUUUCUUCCGAGUGAUGAUGGCUCAGCUAGAGAGCUCGGCAAAAAGCAUUUCUGCUGGAAAACCAUCAGAUUCCAGCGAGGUCCAGCUAGAGAAGUUGCUAUGCUGGAACCUGGCUGUCCGGGAUUUCCACAUCCUUGUUAAUUUAGUCAAGGUAUUUGACAGUAGGCCUGUGCUCAGUGCUUGCCUGAAGUAUGGGCGUCUGUUUGUGGAAACAUUCUUGAAGCUUGGCAUGCCCCUAUUGGAUUGCAGCUUUAAAAAACACAGGGAGGAUGUGCAGAGUUUGCUGAAAACCUUGCAGCUGAGCACUAGACAACUUCACCACAUAUGUGGCCAUUCCAAGAUUCAUCAAGACACGGGACUCACCAGCCAUGUACCACUACUGAAGAAAUCCCUUGAGCUGUUUGUUUACCGAGUGAAAGCAAUGCUGGCUCUCAAUCAUUGUCAGGAAGCUUUCUGGGUGGGCGUCCUCAAAAACAGGGAUCUGCAGGGAGAAGAAAUUCUUUCACAGGCAUCCCAAGCUAGCAAGAUGGAGGAGGAGAUUUCCACACUUCCCACAGAGGAGGAGGAGGAAGGGGAAGAUUCAGAGAAUGAAGAUGGGAUGGAUAUCAAAGAAAGUGAUGAAGACAGCUCUGAUUAGCAUGCGCUAUACUGGCUUAAUUCUUCAUGGCAUAAUUACUGGAACUAGUAAAUUAAAGGAAGCAAAUAUUGAAUGGAUUGUGUGUCCAGAACACCUGUGUUUCAGUAAGCUUAUAAGUGGAUCUCUAGAAAGAUUUGCACCUUGAAAAUCAAAGCACUUUUCUCCUUGCAGACAAAUCUGUCUCCCUUUUCCUCUCUCAUAUGCCUUGCUCUCUGUCCAUCCCUAAAUAUUCUCCACUAUCCCAUGAUAUGUAAAAACAAAACGUACAACUUUUCA